AUGUUGGAGAUCCCUGUGGUGAGGUGCUCCAUCAUUGGAAAGCAGUUGGUCUCAGGGCGCAUCUUCAGUGGUCAAGAUGCCAAGGACGGGGCCUGGCCCUGGCAGGUCAGCGUGCAGAUGUACACCUCCCACAUCUGCGGAGGUUCACUCAUCUCUGAGAGCUGGGUGGUGUCAGCAGCUCAUUGCUUCCCUCAGUCUGUACCCAAUUCAGCGUAUCGGGUGCAGCUGGGAGAAAACCAGAUUUUCGGUCAAACUCGCCUCCACUCGUUCUCAUUGGUGAAGCGGAUCAUCCCCCAUCCCAGUUAUGACAGUGCCACUCACCAGGCCAACAUCGCCCUGGUGGAGCUGAAGAAUCCGAUUCCAUUCACAGCCACCAUCAGCCCUGUGCAUCUCCUUGAUGCCUCCGUCCGUAUGCCCGAUGGGAAGCCCUGCUGGGUGACUGGCUGGGGGAACACUCUCCCACUAGAGAAUUCCUCCCUAGCGGAGACACUGCAGGAGCUGGAGGUGAUCUCAGUAAACUCCACGAUCUGCAACGAUCAUUUCCGGGAAGCAUUAGGAAAGCCUGCAGGUUACAACCCCAUCAAAGAUGACAUGAUGUGUGCCGGGCCAAAGAAAGGCUAUAAAGGGAUUGCCUGGGCUGAUGAUGGGGGACCCCUGAUGUGUGAAGAGCAUGGGACAUGGUACCUUGCUGGGAUCGUGAGCUGGUUCCUGACGAGGACAAUUAAUGGGUUAACCAGUAUUGCCCCCGGUUACCCUGGGGUCUACAUCCGCCCGAAUGCCUACAACGAUUGGAUCAAGACGAACGUGCCUGGAGUAACUUUCGCGGAGCCAAAUUUUGCUUUGAGCAGUCUCACUCCAAAUGGCACCGGUCUCUCUGCCACCAUCCUCAGGGUCCUUCUCCUCACUGUGUUUCUGCGGCUGACCCUGUGACCCCCCUCCUAUAUUGGGUCCCCAUCCCACACCAGGCCUUCCUUGCCCUUGGUGCAGAUAGACCAUGUCACCUAUGACACUAGACCCCGGUGGUCACACCAUACACACUAUUGGAACAAUCUUUGUGCAAAAUACUCCUUGUGAGGUAUCAUUUGAAAAGUA